AUGCCUGUUGGAAAGCUGGCGCUGGCGCUGGCGCUGGCGCUGCCGACACGCGCCGUGACUGCUGCUGCCGGAGUCCGAGUACCGCUGCGGUUGCACACGAAACCCAUCCAAACAUUGUUGGCUAUAAAACACCGCACGGAUGACGACUGUUUCUUAGAUGACUUCAGGCCAACCGAAAUUCCCACUCUACUCCUGGACGACUCGAGCAGGAUGUAUGUGAAGAAGCUCUACAAUAGCCAAGCACUAGCUCUGCUUUGUGUGUCCGAAAUUGGCGACGUCCUCUCGCUGUCUACACUGGCCCAGAACCUUGAUUUAAUGAGACAUUCACGAAUUGUUGUGCUAUUGCACAGCCCCGACUCGAAUCUGGGCGAAUUUCUAAGAAUCAUAUCUGAGCAAGCAACGAGUAAACAAUUUGUGAAUCUAGUCGUACUGCACUCAAGUUCAUCUGAAUCGAGAGAUUCAUCUACUCUCUACCGCAUGCAUCCCUAUCCGAGUCCAACUUUUACACGAGUUACAAACUUUAGUGACGAAAGAAUUUUCCUCAACUUCUGGACAGAUUUCCAGAGAAAACCGGCUGUUAUAUUACACGAGCUACGUACACCAGCUAGUUUUAUCUCUGUAGACCGACGCACGGGUAAAAAAGAGUUACAGGGUUCUUCAAAUACAUUUUUGAAGGAGUUCGCAGAAAAACACAAUAUACAGUUGCAAUUAUUGAAUCCAUUCAGUGAGUUGGGAAUUGCUAAGACAAUGGAGAUUUUAACUAUGGCUCGAGAAGUAGUUCCAUGCAGUCAGGAAAUGAGUGUACGGCACGUAUACCUAGGUUUACGGUCUUACUUCAUAAUAAUCCUGUGCUCUUACAUCCUUUUUGAAGUAAUUGAAACCCUUAUCAUAUACGCAACAAAUUGGAUUUAUCAGCGCAGAGCAAAUAUCUCAUACUCGAGAUUUGUGUUAAACUUGAGGGCAUUCGCGGGAAUUUUGGGGCUUCCGAUGCCCCGGAGAAGAUAUAGAACAAGCAUUUCCUUGCAGCAGAUCAUAAUGCUCAUGUGCUUCUGCGGGUUGAUCUUCACCGCGUUUUUCAACGCCAAUCUCAGUACUCUGCUGACAAAACAUCCUUACAAUAAAGAAAUCAGGAAUUUUGAUGAGCUGCGGGAUAGUGGCCUAGAGGUACUACUAGAUGAAAACUUUAAAAUUGGCUUAGAGCCUAAAUUCAGCGGUAGCUUUAAGCUACGGAUUGGACAAGUACUGGGAUUCCAUGGCUAUGCUAAAAUUGAUGGAGAUGAUGCAACCAUUUCAAGAUCCCAGAUUUUCGGCAAACAAUGA